AAUCAGGAAGUAGCUAACGGCAGAUAUCCCGUGUGUUUGGUGGAUACCAGUAAGUCACCCUGGUAACUGACUCUUGGCUAAGGCGGGAGACAGAAAGUUUCCCUUUGUGUAACCGCAGAGCUGUCAUGGCGGAGGAACAUGAAGGAACAGAGAGCAGAAGUGUCUGUGUACCGGCGCGGGGGACAGCAGGUGACCCUGCGCUGUCAGUCCCUCGGGGACUCGGCUCCGCAGAUCACGCACCGAGGAAAAAGUUAAUUCUACACAUGGACCUGAAUAACACAAUCCUAGUCUCGGACACGGUGACCGGACAGGGGACGGUCGCUGCUCUGGACUACUUCCUCUCCACCGUCACCUGGGGGAAGAUGAGCAAACACGGAAAAUGGGAAUGGCUGAGUGACGCCACCUCCCUGUUACCCCCCUGCAGCGACGCCUCCAGCUACUACUCUCAGUUUGGACGCUCACCAGGCUUCACCUCUGUUGCUGGGCGACGCUUCAAAGGCCUGCUGGAGGAACAUCUGGAGCUGCUCCGCUGGCCCGAGGGCGUCAAGGAAGACAGACAGCUGUCUGUUAAAGGAGAAGAUGGCCGACUCUACCACUGGAUCCUCCCUUCCUUCUUCCAGCUGAUCAGAGAUCUGGCGUGGGAAGGACGGGAGUUUGCCAUCGUUUUCCGCACGUUUGGGACAGACCUGCCUCGGGUGCUGAAGGCCGUGUCUCGAGCAGUCAAUGAGGGAGCUCACCCACUGUUCCCUGAUCUGCCUGAGCUGAAGCUCAGAGUGGAUAUGACUCCGGGUAAGAUCCUCUGUAGCAAGCGAGGGGUCGUUCUGAGCCGGGCUGAAGAGCGCGUGUCCACUCGUGAUGGAGAGAGAGGACUCUACCAAUACUUGAGUUCUGUGCAGGGUCUCGGCGGUUUCCAGGACCACUUUGACUGGUGGGCUACCAACACCUUCUCCAUCCGAGGAGGGAAGCCCCUAUGGAUUGACCCCUUUGACCGGAAUGUUCAGCAUGUCUUUAUAGACGACAAUAUCCGACAAAAUGAUGAGGACACCAUUGUUAGUCCAAAGGUGUUUCUGGAGCCCGGCGGCCAUGACACCCGUGCAGCGUGCACUGCGGAGCUGUACGACAUCUCCUUGGUCCAGACCGACCUCCUACGAGCCAUUUCGGAUCGCAGCUACUUCACCCAGCGCGUUCACAUCUGCCUGGAAAACUACGAGAGUAACAUCUGGAAUGGGACAGUCUAGAAGACAACUUCUAGGUUGCUGUGAGGUUUGUCCAUGUGACAAUCGGCAGUUUGCAGUGCUGCUGUCAACUAAACAACACUUCCGUCCCAGCUUGCUAAGAGUCAUUGCCACUUUAAUUGUGGUGUAGGGUCAUCUAGUCAUCUAGGUCAAAAGUAAAGACCUUACUGUGGUGGAAGAUUGUGAGCUAUUCAUCGGCAGUACAUGGACUUACAAAAGUGUAGCACUGAGAUUACUUAAAUUGCAAUUAUUAUUUAUAAAAUAUGGGAUUCACAAAAGAUUGCCAGUUUUAUACAAAGAGCACUUACAGUUAAACCUACAUUAUUAUUCACCCGACAGAUUUAACAUUUUUAUCUAGUUUUGUCUUGGUGAUAAAAACGCUGUAAAAUGACUUUCAGCUUUAUUUUAUUUUUUUUAAAUGUCAUGUCAAACAUGAUUUAUAGCCACCCACUAAUCAAUGGAAAAAACACUUCAGUUUAUAGACGUCCGUUAUUAGAUCUGUAAACAGACCGCUGCUGUGUGACGUUCUGUUUCUGCACAUGCGAGUCGUAUUGGGAGUGAGUCUCCAUUCACACAGAGAAGUCUGGUUGUGGUCGUAUUAAAUUAGCAGCAUGAACGAACACACAAAAAAUAAAAAUUGAGAUUUUAGCAAAAAAUCAGAAUUGAGGAUCAAGGCCUGACGUGUGAACGUAGCCUUUGGCAUAGUUUCUUCAUGACUUUACCAUCUCUUUACUUUCCAAAACAUUUUCAUUGUGCAGUAAACGAGGGCCACCCACAUCUGAUUGGAUGGUACUUAAAUUAGCAAUUUUUUUAUUUUGCAAUUCAAGCUGUUUUUUUUACAAUAUGCCUAUAACAUAGAGCAAUAUUGAGAUAACAAAACAUUUGCAGCAAAUUGUUCACUUGGCCACUCCAAGACUUUACUUUCAGUCAGAAGAAACGUUGGCCAUGUAAUAUAAGUAAUAUAUCAGUAAUCAGUAAUAUAAAAGAUUACUGAAAACUUAAAUCUGGCAGGAGUUUUGGGUUAAACCUUUACUGCAGAGAUGGUAAUUUGACUGUCAGACUUGGACUUAAGUUGUGCUUUAAUUGCAAAAACAAAGACUUGUGCCUGAGCUCCCAUGACUUAAGACUUGACUUAGACUUGUUAUCUGGCACUUGAGUCUCCUUAACAGUUUUUGUUUAAUUUUUAAGGAGUGUAUGCUCUGGAGGGCGGCUUGCUACAUGCUCAUACUUUAUUCUGAAAUGGUAGCCUUCAUUUCUUUACCAGUCGAACUACAGUUUACAACAGUCUGUUCAUGUUUGCUGUAGCUUCAAGAUUGUGACCCCACAGAUAAUCUCCAACUGUAUUAAACAAUGUAAACAAUGUUUCUUCACAAGAUACUCGAGUCUGAAAAUGGUAUCAAACAGCUAAAGUGUUUUCAAAAACAUAGCAAAGCCACUUGAGCUGUUGGGUUUGUUGUGUUUUUACCUCACAGUUUGUUAUUGUUAGGUCAGAGGAGUUAGAUGCCGAUACUUGAAUGUGUCUUUAUGAAUGAAUUGUGAUUAAAGAAUCACAAUUCAUAACGUAGCAGUCGUAAAUUGGUGUAUCCCAAUUGUCCUUAGGUCGGAGUGUGUGGCUGGUUAUUUGUCCAACCAAGCGACCAGGGUGUACCCCUGACCGCACCAUCAAGGAUAAGCUGGUAUGGACAGAUGGAUGGACGUGGAUCUGAACAGACUUGAACAUGUUGCACUGAAACACUGUGGAAGUGUCUUACUGUGAAGUUCUGAAUGUACAUGUAUGCUACUGUAACACUCUUUGAUGUAAGAUAAUGUUUUUGCUGAAUCACAUCAGAAAGCUCCAACCAAAGCAUUGGUUCAAUGAUAAUUGGACAAGUUGCAUGUGUUAGCGCUGUUGUAAACAGAAUCGGGUAAAAUAAAGGAGACGCUGAUGGAAGCCCAGAGAGGACAAAAAUCUGUCGAAGCAGAGCAUUUUGAAUAUAGCUUGGUAUUUAAAUCUGAUGUCGGUACUCACUAUUGAGAUCAGAAAUCUUCCUUCACCAUACUUUUUUUUUUCUAAAGAUGACUUAUGAUCACACUGUGAACCAGGUUUUAGGGGAAGGUUUUUACCAAGCACUCCUCAGAGCAGAUUUUUCUAAAAAAAAACUCUACUGGGACGAUGUUGGGGUUUCAUUUGCAUUGACUUAUUCUCUUAUUCUUUAAAGCACUUAGUGUGAAGUAUUUUUUAAAGUUUUCUUUAAAGGUUUUAGAGUAUAUUUAAUAUUUGGUUUUAGAGAGGUCAGGUUAUGAAGAGCUAAAUGAA